AUGGCUGACCAGGUGGCUGCCAUGUGUGAGCAGCUAAUCAAGGCUGUGAACAUGAUGAUGGACCCAGAAACAAGCCAAAUAUACCGACUGGAGGCCCUUAAGUUUUGUGAGGAGUUCAAAGAAACGUGCACGUUUUGUGUCCCGUGUGGCUUACGAUUAGCUGAGAAAACCCAAACAGCUGUGGUGAGACAUUUUGGUCUUCAAGUCCUGGAACACGUUGUCAAGUUCAGAUGGAACAACAUGCCGCAACAAGAGAAAGUGCAACUGAAGAACUGUGCCAUGCAGCUGUUAUCAAAUGGAACCCAUUCUAUCCUGGAGGAGGAGAGUCACAUCAAAGAUGUCUUAUCACGCAUCAUUGUGGAAAUGAUAAAGCGAGAAUGGCCACAACACUGGCCACAUAUGCUGAAAGAGAUGGAGUCCCUUACUAGCCUGGGGGAGGCUCAGACAGAGCUGGUGAUGCUGAUCCUGCUGCGGCUAGCAGAGGACGUGAUCACCUUCCAGACGUUGCCCACCCAGCGACGAAGAGACAUCCAGCAGACCCUCACUCAAAAUAUGGACAACAUCUUCAGCUUCAUGCUGGCCAUCCUACAGAUUAAUGUUGACGACUACCGCAAAGUGAAUAGUAUACCUGGACAGGAAUUGCAGGCCAAAGCUCACUGUCGAGUCGCUGUGGCAGCUCUGAACACUCUUGCGGGUUACAUAGACUGGGUGGCCCUUGCACACAUCACCAACGCCAACUGUCGCUUGCUGGAGAUGCUGUGUCUGCUGCUGAGUGAACCAGAGCUGCAGCUGGAGGCAGUGGAGUGCCUGCUCAUCGCCAUUAGCCGGAAGGGCAAGCUGGAGGACAGAAAGCCAUUCAUGCUACUGUUUGAUGAUGUGGCCAUCCACUACAUCCUCUCUGCUGCACAGUCAGCAGACGGAGCAGCAAUAUGUAACAAAUCCAAUGAAACACCACCAGCAGAGGUGGCUGCAGUGGUGGAGCGACAUUACAUCUUCCUGAAGAGGCUUUGUCAGGUCCUCUGCGCCCUGGGAAGUCAACUCUGCUCAUUAGUGGGUUCCGAGGCAGAAGUCGAAGUACCUGCAAACCUCAGCAAGUACAUGGAAGCCUUCUUAGCUUUUACUACACACCCCAGUCAGUUUUUAAAGUCCUCAACUCAGAUCACUUGGGGAGCUCUGUUCAGGCAUGAGAUUCUGUCAAAGGACUCAGUCGUCAUGGAGACUGCCAUCAAGUACCUCAAAACAACUAUGACCAAUCUAGUCAAGACUGGGUUUCCAUCCAGAAACGAUAACCCAAGUUGCGAGUACUCCCGUGUGGACUUUGACAGUGAUGAGGACUUCAACUCAUUCUUUAACUCUUUCCGAGCACAACAGGGUGAGGUGGUGAGGAGCGCGUGUCGCAUUGUUCCUCUGGAGGCUUUCCAGAUAGCAGCAGAGUGGUUACAGUAUCAGAUCGCCAGCCCUAUUGACACUGGGAAUACCACGUCUAAGACAGCUGAGGGCCUGUGCUCCAUGCUUUCCCCAUCAGUGGUUCAGUGGGAUGCCAUGACUGUUUUCACAGAGUGUGUGGUUGGACAGACCUUCAAAAACCUGGAGGAGGAGAAGUUGCCCAUAGAUCAGGGCAUGGAGCUCCUGCAGGCUGUGCUGAACUACGAGACCAAAGACCCACUCAUCCUGUCCUGUGUCCUCACCAACGUCUCCGCCCUCUUCCCCUUUGUCAUGCAUAGACCUCACGUCCUACCACAGGUCCUCUUCAAGCUGUUUGGUGCCAUCACAUUUGAGAUUGUCCCGAACAGCAAGGCACCUCGGACCCGAGCUGUAAAAAACGUGAGGAGACACGCCUGUUCUUCAAUCAUCAAGAUGUGCCGGGACUACCCACAAUUCAUUUUGCCUUGUUUUGACAUGCUCUACAACCAUGUGAAGAAGCUGUUCUCCAACGAGGCCACACUGACUCAGAUGGAGAAAUGUGCCCUGAUGGAGGCCUUGGUGCUCAUCAGUAACCAGUUCAAAGACUAUGCCAAACAGAAGGCCUUCCUAGAGGAACUCAUGGCUCCAGUGGUCACAGACUGGACUUCUGAUGAGAUGAGACAUGUGCUGUGGGACCCUGCCAUGUUCCUGUCCUUUGUUGGUGCUGAUCAGGUGGCCAACGAACAAAGCCAAUAUACAGACACAGCGGGCAUUAAUAGGGCACGGCUGAGUUUCUGCUUGUACACUAUCUUGGGAGUGGUAAAGAGGGCACGCUGGCCUGCAGACCUGGAGGAGGCCAAGGCCGGUGGCUUCGUGGUGGGCUGUAGCCCCUCUGGAGCUCCCAUCUACAGAAACCCCUGUACCACUCAGAUUCUAGCUCUGCUGCCCAACCUGCUGGCUCUCAUCAGAACUCAUAACAGCCUGUUUUUGCCAGAGAACUUGGCUCGUCUGAGUGAGACCUUCUCCAAGGCCUAUGAGGUGAUGGAUGUAGAAAAGAACACUGUUCUUGGUCUUCCUCAGCCUCUGCUGGAUAUUUAUGACUCUCCUGUGUAUAAAAGCAACCUGGAGCGCAUGCAAGGAUUUUUCUGCACGUUGAAUGACAACUGUUUCCAUAUCCUGGGAAAUGCAGGUUUAUCCAUGCAGCAUGACUUCUACACCAUCGAGGGGUUGGCUGAACAAAUUGUUGGCGCCGCCUUUGUCUCCCUUGACCACGUGCCUGACCACAGACUUCGCCCUAUGAUUCGGGUGUUUCUGAAGCAGCUGGUGCUAUCAUGUCCUCAGGAGUUUUACGACAGUCUACUCUGCCCCCUGCUGGGCCCUCUGUUUGCUUACAUGCUGCAGAGACUCAAUGUCAAGUGGCAAGUCAUCAACCAGAGGACCUCUGUGAAUGGUGAGGAAGAGGAGGAGGUGGUGUGUGAAGAGAGCCAGGUGACACAGGAGAUGUGGGAGGAGCAGCUGGUGCGUCUGGUCACCAGAGAAGUGCUGGAUCUUCUCACUGUGAGCUGUAUUUCCAAAAAAGUGCCUGAACCAGCAGGGAACAAGGAGGAAUUAGAAGAGGAAGACAUGAUGACAGACUCAGCGCAGACGGUGUCUUCUGGCCAGCCAACAGAUGAGCUGACUGAGCUUGGAAAAUGUCUAGUGAAACAUGAGAACAUCUACAUGAACCUGUUGACCAUCUCCUUCACCUCUCUAUCGUGGAAGGACACCGUUAACUGUCACCGCACUGCGUCCAUGGUCUGCUGGAGCUUGCUGCGACAGGUGGUGGGGGGUAACCUGCUCCCUGAGGCGGUCACAUGGUUCUACACUAGUGUCCUGAGAGGCCUGCAAAUGCACGGGCAGCACGAGGUCUGCAACUCUGCCCUCUCGCAUCUGGCCAUGCUCAUCUAUGAUAACCUGCGACCUCGCUACGCGGAGCUCAGAGCAGUGAUGACCCAGAUCCCUAACAUUAGUGUGGAGGCUCUGGACCAAUAUGAACACAGGCUGAUGGACCCCAGCGCCCAGAAGUUUGGAGAAAAGAAGAGGAAAGACCAGUUCAAGAAGCUAAUCGCAGGAACUGUGGGGAAAGCUCUGUGCCAGCAGUUCAGGAAGGAGGUUCAUAUCCGGAAUCUUCCAUCCCUCUUUAAAAAGCCCAAGCCAGAGAAAGAAAUACUAAACAAUGAAGCACUGGGUCUGGCAGUUCUCUUCACCUCGGAGCACGACACCCUGUAGGAGCUCAUGGCCACUCUCAACAGACGCCAUACUGGACCAUGGAAGCAGUCACACGUACACACCAGGGUUUGCCUCUACCAUGCUCGAGCUGGGGCAGUGCAGCACUAAUUAGUAUGUCUGUCAACACUCCCGAUUUUGUGUGGAUCCCUUAUUUUAGCUCUUAUUGUGCCCCUAUAAAGUCAUUACUGGUGUUAAUUUCCUGUAUUUCACACCAACUCUCAUUCAUAAGUAAUGAGACUUUCCACCAGCCAUUUGUACUGGUGAGUAACAUGCAGCAAAUUAUCUUUAAACUGCAUUGCGAGUUUCUUCUGCAUUCCUUUUCAUAUUUUAAAAAAGGAAAUAAAAUGGUCUAUGAAAAUUCAUGCAAAAUAUUCCCAGGUAAAUAAUAGCUUGUCUUUGUAGUAGACAAUGCUAGAGACAAUUUUUUUUCUUAAUUUUGUUUUAAAAGAAAGAAAUAUGAAGUAUUUUGUGUAGGAACUGGCAUUUUUAGAUACCCAAACAAAUGGGGUCAGUAUAUCGAAAAAGACAGUAGUGAUACGGGUAGCCUGUUAGCAUACGUUCAAGGAAAAGGGUCUGUGUGUGUGUGUGUGGCAUUUGUAGUGAUCUGGGAUUUGAAAAUCUCGCUUAUGUUCUGAAGACAGUGUUGACAGACAUGGCUGUGCAGCACUGAGCCCAGGGAGCACGCUGUCUGCCAUCAGGCCUCUUUUACCCCAGCUGAAAAUGAAAUUUCUCCCCCGGGAAAACCCUGUUACACACACUUCACCAUUUACCCAAAAUUACUGUGAGUGGACAAACUCCAACUUGGUUUUUAUCCUGAAGGAUUUACCAGUGGUUCCUCAGGUACAACAUCCCCCUUGACGAUUAGGGUGAAGAAACUCAACACACAAUGGAAAUAUACCAUCAUCACAGAUACAACUGGAAUGAGUUCACAAAUGGUUGCCACAGAUUUAAAUGUAAGCAAUUGUUUCCAGUUUACUGAUGUACACUUUAUGUUGUUGGUGGUAAUAAUGGAACCAAUGAAUUGCAUUUUUACCACACUAUUUCAUAUUCCACCCAUAGCACAACCUGUAUGGCCUAAGUACCAUUUUAAAUUGUUAAUUUAAUUCAGAGAACAUAUUACCACAGCCACAUUUGUGCCAAAACACUCAACAUAUCAGUGAUUGACCUGCACUCUGUUAAAUUGGAGUUGUUUGUAGACCAUGACCAGACAUGAGAACCAGGACUUAACCAUUAGACUCAACAGUUAAUGUGUAGCCGAAACCAAGUAGUUAUGUUGUACUAGAGGUGUUUCGUUGGUGAUGACUGUGUGGCUUAUUCAGAUGUUUUCCACACUUUUUGUUUUUGACCUGGCAUUUACUGCCGUGAAAAAGAUGAACCAGCACUACAUUCCUUCAUUGUUAAAGGGAUAGUUGUGUUUUAGGCAUAUAUUUGUUGGAUGUUUUGUGCUCUUAUGGAGCCGCCAUGCUAGUGAGUGUUAUAACAUGAAUUGUAAUGGUUUAACCCCAGGUACAUGGGAGUUUUUUCUUUUAUUUUUAAUUUCCAUGCAUACAGAACAGUACAACUCUGUAAUGAAUGAUGCUGCAUAGACGAUGAAGUCACAUCACACCCAACCACCUAAGAAUAGGACAUUUUGUGAAACUUUGGAAUUCUAACAUGAUCUCCCUGUGCAAGUGGUAAUUGCUUCUUCAUAAUGGGCCAUUUUAUAAAAAAAAAAAAUCUUCACUCAACACUAAAAACAUCUCUUGUACAAAGGAGAAAAUAUGCUAUUUAAAAGUGUAGUGCUGUUUAUAUUUUGUUGUUUUUGAAUAAAAAAAAAAAUUAAAGC